AUGUUGAGACUUUACGUUUGUGUUUUAGAAGCUAAAGACUUGCCCGUGAAGAAUUCCUACGUGAAACUUAAACUAGGCAAGUUGAAGUCCAGGACUAGGAUAUUGAGGCACACCUUCAACCCUGUUUGGUAUGAAGAGUUCGUUUUCAGGGUUCAUGACGCACACGAGGAGCUUAUUGUUUCUGUUUUCAAUCAUAACGAUGAAUCUGUAGUCGCCAACGGUUGUCUCGAUUUGUUGGGCGAGGUAUGGAUUCCUGUAGGCUCGGUUGCCUGUGAGGAUAAGCAAACCUUGCCGCCUACAUGGUUCUCUCUUGAAUGUCCCAAGAGUGGGAAAUUUGUCAAUAUAUACUGUGGGAAAAUUCUCCUUACUACUUCUCUUCGUGGUAAAGGGCAUGCUUCUUUCCUCAAUCAUAUGCAUCCUCCAAGUUCCGGUAUUGCUAUGGAGGACUCUAAAGACUUGGCAGGUCCACAUAUUUCAUCUCAGGACAUUUUUAUCCCCAAAGUACCUCGCUGUAAAAUGCCUGAAGGGAAACAGUUGAUGAAGGUUGUUGCUAAAUACGCCAAUCGUUUGGAUAAAGUUUUCACUAAGAAAGAAGAAAGUUCAAAAGGUGAUGAUUCUUCAGAACCAUCCACUUCAUUAUCUGAUAAUGAAGAAAUUGUUCGUGAUGGUCCAUCUCCUUGUAGCUUUGAAGAAGCCAUUGCAUUAAUGGAGUCAAGAGAUCAUAAACUGGAAAUGCCUGAAAAUCUGCCUGCUGGUAUCCUGGUAGAUCAGAUUUAUCUAGUGUCUACUUAUGAUCUUAAUGCACUCCUUUUUGCGCCCGAUUCACAGUUCAGGAGAGAGUUGGCAGAACUGCAAGGAACAACAAAUGUUCAAGAGGGGCCCUGGACAUGGAAAUCUGGAGACAUGUCUUGCUUAACACGAGUUGUUUCCUAUACACAAGCUCCCACGAAGUUAGUUAAGGCAGUUAAGGCCACCGAGGAGCAAACCUAUGUUAGGGUGAAUAAAGAGGAAUAUGCUAUACUUGUUGGUGUAAGCACACCCGAGGUCCCAUACGGAAAUUCAUUUAAGAUUGAGUUGCUUUACAAGAUAAUGCCCGAAAAAGAGCAAUCUGCAGAAAAAUGCUCUCAUCUUGUGGUGUCUUGGGGCAUUGUCUUCAUGCAAAGCACAAUGAUGAAAGGCAUGAUAGAAGGGGGUGCUCGUCAAGGACUGAAGGAGAGUUUUGAUCAGUUCUCUAACCUACUUGCUCAGAAAUUUAAGAAGCUAGACACCUCUAAUUUAUCAAACAAACAACAGGUCUUGUCAACUAUGCAAACAGAAGAUCUGUCCAAUUGGCGGCUGGCAAUCAAAUAUUUUUGGAACUUUACAGUAGUUUCCACCAUUGUCAUGUUUUCAUAUGUGUUGGUGCAUAUCUUCCGCUGUGGUCCAAACGAAAUCCGAGGCUUGGAAUUUAAAGGCCUAGAAUUGCCAGACAGUUUUGGAGAGCUCAUUACGAGUGGAAUUCUAGUCAUCCAGCUGCAGCGUGUCUACAACAUGCUCUUUCACUUUUUCCAAGCUAGAUUUCAAAUGGGAAGUGAUCAUGGUCUGAAAGCCCAUGGGGAUGGAUGGAUUCUAACUGUGGCCUUAAUUGAGGGGGUUGAUCUGGCAUCCUUAGAGUCAUCGGGGUUAUCAGACCCUUAUGUGGUUUUCACCUGCAAUGGAAAAACAAGGUCAAGCUCUGUCAAGCUUGAGACAAGAGCUCCUCAAUGGAAUGAAAUAUUAGAGUUUGAUGCGAUGGAAGAACCGCCAUCAGUUUUAAAUGUGGAAGUUUUCGAUUUUGAUGGUCCAUUUGACCAGGAUGUUUCCCUUGGACAUGCUGAAAUCAAUUUCUUGAAGCACACAUCUACUGAAUUGGCGGACAUGUGGGUUUCCCUAGAAGGAAAGUUUGCGCAGUCAUCCCAAUCAAAGUUGCAUUUGAGAAUAUUUUUGGACAAUAAUAAAGGAGUUGAAACAAUUAGGGGGUAUUUAAUGAAGAAGGGAAAGGAAGUAGGCAAAAGGCUGAAUCUUCGAUCCCCUCAAAGAAAUUCCACAUUCCAGAAAUUGUUAGGUUUGCCUCCAGAAGAGUUUCUAAUCAGUGAUUUCACCUGCUACCUGAAGAGAAAAUUGCUUUUACAGGGUCGGCUGUUUCUCUCUGCAAGAAUUCUGGGUUUUUAUGCCAACUUUUUUGGGCAGAAAACCAAAUUUUUCUUCCUCUGGGAAGAUAUUGAAGACAUGCAAGUGCUCCCUCCUUCAUUGGUGUCAAUAGGCAGCCCUACACUAGUCAUAAUUCUGCGAAAGGAUCGAGGUCUUGAUGCUAGGCACGCCGCAAAGAGUCAAGAUGAGGAAGGCAGGCUUAGGUUCCAUUUUCAAUCAUUUGUGUCAUUCGGUACAGCCUCCAGGACAAUAAAGGCCUUGUGGAGGACAAGAACAUUGGACCCUGAUCUGAAAGCACGUCUUGCAGAAGAGCAGGGGGAUCAAGAGGAGGGCUCUGUGGUUCCUGGUGACUUUGGGUCUAUGCUGGAUGAGGAAGCAAAAAUGUCCAAGAUUUACUCAGCAGAAUUUCCAGUCAAGAUGAGAACGGUGCUGGAACUGUUUGAUGGAGGAAUUGAACAUAAGAUUAUGCAGCGAACUGGAUGUAUUAAUUAUGGAACAACCUCCUGGGAAUCUGUAAAACCCGAUGUCUUUCAAAGGAGAGUAUCUUACAAAUUCAGCCGCCAGGUAUCAGUUUUCGGUGGUGAAGUCACAUGCACACAACAAAAAGUCCCCAUUGAAAACACUGAAGGUUGGAUUGUGAACGAGGUCAUGGCCCUUCACGGUGUUCCGUUUGCUGAUCACUUUCGUAUCCAUUUUAGACCGAUUCAGAAAUCUCCGGUGGAUGACUGCGCUUGCAAGUGCGAAGCUUACAUUAAGAUAAUAUGGUUUAAAAGCUCCAAGUUUCAGCAAAGGAUCAAUCAAAACAUAACGGCUAAGUUUACAAAUCGAUUGAAGGAAAUAUUUGAAAUGCUUCAAAAAGAGGUUUUGUUCAUAUCUCAGAAGGAUAGCUCCAUUGAAGCUUUAAGCUAGCAUUCAGUACAGAUGUAUCCUCAUUUCUGGCAUAUCUGUUCAGUUAUGGCAGCGUGAUGUUGUUGUUUUGUUUAAUGCCAGUUACACUGACUUUCUUGAUA